CAUCACAAAAACUUAGACCCACCGUCAUGCUAGCCAAUUUCUACAGAUCAUGUUCGAUUUUAAAUGAUACCUUUACAAGACACGUGCCAGCAUUCUUCUGAAAUACAGACUAGAUCAUUUUAUUCUUUGAUGGAGUAAAGAUUAAAUCUAUGAAGAUCAAAUGAAGGUAAAAUCCACUGAGAUCGUUCUUCAGUUCAAAGUUUGGUGUCCAAGCUUCAACCGUAUCAGACAUCGUCUGUUUCUGCUGGGAUCACUUCCGGAACUUGGCGCCUGGAACAUUUACGACGCUUUAGAAGCGCAUCCUACCGCGGACAAUCAUACCUGGCAAGUUGAUGUCAUUGUACCACACGAGUCAACGUUUGAAUGGGUCUGGCUCAAGACUGGACUCAACCGGACUGGAGUAGAAUGGGAAAGAAGUACCAAGAGGAAUCGAACUGUGGGCUAUUUUAGUGGCGUCUUGCACAGCGUCUGGGCCAAUAGUGAGGAAGUCUAUCUCCAGUCUGCUACAUUUGCAGAAGUCACAACAUAUUUAAGCAUUGACGACGGCUACACACUGGUCCUGACUGGAUCUACGCCAACCACGGGAUUAUGGGACUUGGCUAAAGCUGUGCCGGCUAUUGAAUUUCCUAAAAAAUCUGGAUUCUGGAAAGCGCUUGUCUCGUUUGAUGCUCUCACUAGCCUAGAUUUCCAAUGGGCAGUCGUCAAAGAAAAAGAUUUUACCAGCGUCCGCCAGCAGGAGAAAGUCAAACACUCUAUCACCGGGCGACGCUGCUGGAUGAGAAUUGUGGCCCCUUGGAUGCUCCCGGUGACUGGCAUUGUGGAUAUAUCCAUUAUCAAUGACACGCUGGAUACAGUUCACGGCCGAACUAGUGUCAUUGUCCGGGAGAGGAGGAAAAGAAUUGAGGAGAUUAUAAGCUGGACCAAUGACUCUAAUCACAGCUAUAUGGAGGCUAAAAAUGCGCGACGAAAUUUCCAUGUCACGACCAGCUCUUCAGAAAGCGUGGAAAGAACCAAAGUGUCUGACAUCAAAAGGGAAGCAAGUCUAAAUAUCAUCAAACAACCUGCUGUGAGAUCGAACGAGAACCUGGAUGAACUCAUCCAAAAGAACGAGGAAAGAAUCGUCAGAGAGACCAAGACGGAGCGUUUCACAAAGCUUCUGAGUGACGCAUACACUGAGCUGACCAAUACGCUCAAAGGUCAAGGUCAAACAGAAAUGCCGCCGGAUCCUUUCACGAUGGAUGAGUUGGAUAACUUGCGGCAAACGGCGAGUGGACAGAAGCCAUCAAGUUCGGACCAGCCUAAAGUAGUUCUAACAGCCGGAUCGGUCGAUGAAUUUGACUCCCAAGCUAAGAUAAAAAAAAUGGCCGACGUCCGUUUGGAAUUGACCGGUUCCGAAGGUUAUGUUGGUAUUACGUCAAGACACUCAAGUGAAAGUGAUAUGGAAGACGCGACGAUUGCAGGGGUCAGUUCUUGUACGACGCAGUUUUCAGUGGGUACCCCUUCGGAGUACAUACUAAGCAACACUCACCAAUGCGAUGUCUCUAGUAGUAUGUCUCACGUCGUUGCUUCGGACACCGGCUUCACAGAACUAGCCAUCAGUUGGAUGUCCAGCUCUACCAAUGCUCCCAGGCUGAGCCCCCCACAGAUCAGUCAGCAGGAGAUACAAACUCCUUUGGCGGAUCUGGACGAAGGGUUUUCCGAAGCGGAGGCAACUCUAGUCGAUCGAUUGGAUAGAUACAGUGCUAUUGAGACGGGAAGAAUCAACGAUAAACCACGGGACACGUCGCCUGUCUUGAUGACGUCACUUGCCGAGAACACCCGAACGAGACCUCAGCCCGAAGAUACGCCGAGCAGUUACGAAGAUGAUACUUUUGCUUUGGAAGAAGACGAUGCGCAUUUGGAUUGGCUAGCCGAGAGAGUGCAAUUUGAAGAAGAUUUCUACGGCACACAGCAAGAACUCGGCAUGCACCUUGACCUUUCAACUUUAAAAGAUGAACCAAUAGCCUUAACCUCCCUCGAUUUAAAACAUAAUUUAUCAGGCUUCAACAAAACGACACCAGAUCAAUGGAGCCACCCCACCCCGGAGCCAGUCAUUCAGGGGUCACCAAACUACACGUUCUUCGACGAUACUUUCUCAGAAUCUCUAAAUGAAACCAGAAGCUCGUUACGCAACUUAUCCAACGCCAGGGCGAUAGCUCGAGAAAUCGAAGAGAAAUGGGGCGCCGGUCUUCACAGUCAAGAAGCCAUUGAUUACGACCUCCCAGGCAACGGAUAUUCGACAGAAAGUGUCUAUUACGACAUCAGUGGUCUCCGUGAGUCGAUCAGGGGCUAUGUAGACAUUGAAGAUCGUAGAGUCAUUGCUAGAGACUUAGAAAGAUCUUGGUGCCAGACUUCUGUGGCUUGAACUAUUCAUCUCGACGGUCCAGCAGGGCUAGUAGGAAUCUUCGAUGUCUUGUAUCCAGCUUUGUACAUCAACAUCCAGCAGAAAGUUUUAAACAAACAAACAAAAUACUUUAGUUAGAAUGUUAUACAUUUGGUUUCAAUAGAAGAUAACCAUAAUUAAAUUUUAUACAGUUUUAUGGC